AUGCAUCGGACUGCAAUGCCAGGCCGGAAGCUUCUCUCCUUCGACCACCAAGUAUAUCCCGUCGGUCGCAGUGUUGUUCGCGCCUGGUCUCUGGCGACGACCUUCUCUGCGGAUCUGCAACUCCGAUUACACUUGUUCGUGGAGUUCACAUCGGAGCCUGGAGGCGCCAACCUGGAGGUUCACAUAUUCUACGUCACUGUUGAAAUUGACACAGUUACAUACCAGAGUGAAAAUUUAAACCGUAGGCAAAAUAACUCACUUUCGAGACCAAUAGACGACAACCUCAUCUGGGACCCCAGAACCUUGGAAUACGUCGAACUGUACGCCAAGAACGCAACAGCCUGGGGCAAUGCGUUUGCAGAUGCAUACACCAAAAUCAGCGAGUAUAAGCCUCUCACAGGAAAGCAAGGCGAGAUCCGCAAGAUAUGCUCAAUCGUUAAUCCAAAAACCCAGUGA